AUGAGUGCAACUUUAGAAACCGACAAGUUUCACAAGUACUUUAGCGGUUCGCCUCUUAUUAAAGUCCCCGGCAGGCUUCAUCCAGUGGAGAUAUUGUAUACUCUAGAACCUGAGAUGGACUAUCUUGAGGCUGCUAUAAACACUGUCAUCCAGAUUCAUAAAUGUGAGCCACCUGGCGAUGUUCUUGUUUUCUUGACUGGGGAGGAAGAGAUUGAAGAAGCUUGCAGAAGUAUCACAUGUAAACUUGGAGACCAAGUCACAGCCAUGCCAUCGUAUGCCACUCUUCCGUCUGCCUUGCAACACAAGAUAUUCGAUCCUACAACAGACCCAACGAAAAUCUACGACCCAAUCACUCGUGUUGAGUCCUUGUUGGUGUCUCCAAUAUCACAGGCAAGUGCUAACCAAAGAGCAGGUCGUGCCGGUAGAACAAGGCCCGGAAAAUGCUUCAGGCUUUACACUGAGAAGAGUUUCAAUGAGCUUAAGACGCAAACGUAUCCUGAGAUAUUGAGAUCAAACCUCGCAAACACUGUUCUUACGUUGAAAAAGCUGCGUGUGGAUGACUUGAUACGCUUUGAUUUUAUGGAUCCUCCUGCUCCUGACACACUUGCUCGAGCCUUAGGAGAUGAUGAAGCUAAUCCGACAAAGACAGGCGAGAAGAUGAGUGAGUUUCCCUUGGAUCCGCAGAUGACAAAGAUGCUCAUAGUCAGUCCUGAAUAUAACUGCUCCAACGAGAUUCUUUCGAUUUGCGCGAUGCUAUGGAAGAAUUUACGAAACAAACUCUAA